AUGUCAUUUACUCCAUUUCGAGUCCCCCUUGUGAGACCUAGGUCAUUAUUACCUUCGUCGCUGUCAUCGUCACUACCUCGAAAUCAAAUCGCUUCCCGAUCAAUCCAUUCUUCAAUACCUCGUCCAUCCAAUUCCACUACCAAGGCGACUUCGCAUCCGACUCAACCUCAUCUACAACAUGCCAACCAACAUCCACAUCCAGCUCCUUCACAGAAAAGCGGGAAGAAAGCAAGUCCGCAUAUGGUCUGGUAUAGGGAGAUAGUUCCUGCAAUGAUACCGAUAUUUCUCAUCUCCACUACACUUUUCCUUUCGUUAUCACUCGUUCGAACUCAUUUAUCCCAUUCCAAAUCUCUGGCAGAAAGCGAUCUUAGAAUCGAAGAGCUCGAAACUCAAUUAAGUCAAUUACGUCUUGAACAGAAACGACAAUUGGUUCGCGAGAAGAGAGAAAGAGAGAGAAUACUUCCUUUGGUGGUGGAGAGGGUCUUACAAAGGGUCGGGGUUGUAGGUGGAGAUGAAGAUGAAGAAGAGAAACUUCAAGUGGAAGUGAAAGAAGUUCCAAGGUUGUUAUAG